AUGGCUAUUAACUGCCACCAGGCUUGGCCCAACUGCUCCUUCACCGCCGCCGCCGCUACUGCAAUGAGGCCUACAGGCCUAGAAAACGCUGACUCUCGCCACCCAAAAUGGCGCCGACCAAGCAGCCAAAGAAAAUGGCCACCGCAAGUUAAUGAAAUGUCCCUCGAUGAUCCUCCUCUCUUUGUCCUCGUCGUGAGCCAAGAGGAAGCCAAAGGGUGCGGCCCGGGCUUAAAUAGGCCCAUUGGCUCCGCCCCCUCCAUGCGGCACAUUGCACAUCAUCUCGGCGCGACACGCGACGUUGCCCUUACUUCCGAUGGCUUCUGCGGCUUCACCCUGGGCUGCAAUUGUGCUUGCCGCUCCCCAAGUUUCUGCACAGAAGAGAAAAAUCAAACAUACAUAACUGAAUUCAUUUUGCUGGGAUUUGGAGAUCACCAUGAGGUACUGCAGAUUCCACUUUUCCUCUUGUUCCUUCUCAUCUAUUUUUUGACUAUGGCUGGGAACAUCCUCAUCAUUCUGCUCAUUGCCACUGAUCGACACCUUCACACCCCCAUGUACUUCUUCCUUGGGAACCUCUCAUGCUUGGAGACCUGCUGUAGCUCAAAUAUCUUGCUAAGGUUGUUGUCCAGUUUCCUUACAGGGAGGAAGACAAUUUCAGUCAAUGCUUGUUUUGUGCAACUUUAUUUGUUUGCUUCUUUAGGAUCUGUGGAAUGCUACCUAUUAUCAGCAAUGUCCUAUGACCGGUACAUAGCUAUACGUAAACCUCUCCAUUAUGUCAAAAUGAUGAAUGGCAAGUUGUGUCUCCAACUGAUUGCCACCUCUUGGAUUAGUGGUUUUCUGGCAAGUACUCUGCCAGUGAUUUUAAUCUCCAAGUUAGGUUUCUGUAUUAGCAAUAAACUUGACCAUUUCUUUUGUGACCCCUUUGAAAUCAUAGAAUUGUCUUGCAGUGACACACACAUAUUAAAACUGAUUAUACAUGUUGUAUGCUCUAUGGUCACCGUUCCUCCAUUUACAUUGACCUUAACAUCAUACUUGUUCAUCAUUGUAGCGAUAAUGAAAAUCCCUUCCACCACAGGGAAACAAAAGGCAUUUUCCACCUGUUCCUCUCAUCUCUUGGUAGUUAUAAUUUUCUAUGGCACACUGAUCAGUGUCUAUGUGAUACCAAACACAAACAGACUGAAUGGCCUUCACAAAAUCUUCUCUGUCUUCUACACCAUCCUGACUCCCAUCCUCAAUCCUAUCAUAUAUAGUUUGAGAAAUAAAGAAGUAAAGGAUGCCUUGAGAAGACUCAUCUCAUUCCUAGUAGUGCAAACACAGAAGAAAAGUCAGAAAUGA